AUGCGCACACUCGCUCCGGCUUCACGUUCCUGUCGAGAUGAGGAGCUGCGUUAUACGUCGGUUGUUGUGCGGGUGGACAGGGCAGGGACUUGGGGUCCGGGGAAAAUUUGGACUCAGGAAGAGGAGUACCAGAUAUUCCUUCAAAAGUCCAAGAAGAUGGAAGGGGGCCCUCAUAACAUGCUCUUUCCUGGGACACUGCAGCUAGAGACACUCAGCCACAAGGAGCUGACUGAAGUGAUGAAGACAGCUGUGUUAUACCAUAAUGGACCUCUGGUGGCCUUGAACAAACCCCCAGGACUGGCAGUAACAGGAAAACCAGGUGAACUUACUUUGCUCUCAAUACUCCCAGAAAUAGGCCAGCACCUGGGGCUCAGUCAGGAGCUCCAUAUUGUCCGUGCUCCGGGGAAGGAGAGCUCAGGGCUUGUCCUCCUCUCCAGCUGUCCAAGAAUAACAAAAAUCUUUCAGAAUUUCUUCAUCCAGUCUCGAAGAGUUCAGAAACCCACAGUGACUUACUGGGCUGUCACUGUAGGGGUCCCAGCUACUCCCAAAGGUGAGAUUCAAGUCGCUCUGAAGUUGGAUCAAGUCAGGGGAGCAGACCUGGUAGUCCCAGUGAAGACACCAUCUCGACAGAUCUUAAAGGAGGGUGUCAAGAAAACCCUGACCCACUUUUUCGUCGAGGACUCCACAUCUGACUGUGCUCUGGUGAAGCUCCAACCAAUUACAGCAUUUCCCAGCCAGCUCUUGGUGCAUAUGGUGCUUCAGUUGUGUCCUGUCCUUGGGGACCACGUGUACUCUGCUCGAGUUGGCAGUGUCCUAGGGGAAAGUUUACUGUUGCCAGUGGAGACCUCAAUGCCUCAGACACAGGUCCUGAGUGAACUGCUCCUCCAUCGCCUCCACAUUACUCCAAAGGAGAUGGCCCUUCUACCCCUCCACCUCCACCUGCAUCAAAUCCUCCUGCCCCAGACCUCAAUGGCCCCCACAGUGCUUAUAGCUCCCUUGCCCCCUUUCUUUUCACAAACUCUAUGGAACUUGGGGCUCCAAAUGUCAGACCGACCAAGGAAGAAAUAGCAUAAGUCAAGAUGGCUCAUAAAGUGGGAAAAGUGAGACAGUCAUUUACUGCCUUUGGGGAAGGUCCCAGUGGGAGGAGUUGGGGGAAAAGGCCUGCUUCUUGGGAGAGUGUGUGUCCAGUCCCUCCUCAUUCUCUGGCCUUUUUGGCAUAAAAAGAAGCUGGGAAGAUUCUUCCCCCCCCCUUCCCCCCCCCCCAGGACUCUGGAUCUCUGCUGAAGUUAAGGCAAGCUAACCUCAUGCUGGGGAGUAGUUUGCUUUUAGAACUUUCAGCGACUGAUGGUUCCAUUUGGUGACUCCUCUCACUUAUAUUCUUGGGAGUUAGGGCCCACCUUAGGAAAAUAUGCUGAUUUUCAGCUUGAACUUCUCUUUGUCCAUUGUAAGCUGUCCCUAUCACCUAUCUCAGUCU